GUCUCACCAUGCUGGUGGCUUUAGGGUUCUCGUGCGGUGCUGCUGGCAUCUCCAGGCGGGAGGCUGCCUAUCGUCCUCUCGGCGCAGCAGGAACGCUGAACCAUGAGAGAAGUUACCUUUCCGCAAGCUUGUGAAAGGGAGGCCUGAGCUUAAGACUCGAGGGCUUGAAUCCAGCGCGACCCCAGUGCGAUGGAACUUUGUCAGUCACAGCAAAAUCGCGCAAGUGAGUGCUGGAAUACCGGAACUUGAAGCUAACCCAGGCGCCAGACGCCGGUUGGGAGCUCCUUAGAGUGGGUCUCCCUAGUGGAGGGAGGUUGGAUGCGCAACGCUGACAUCUACAGGGGGGUUGUGGGGGGGCAGGUCCUGCAACCUUGCUUGAAGCAGGGCGGGCGGCGCCGAGAAACAGGGGCUGCGGAGCCGAGCGGGAGCCAGAGUGGACGCUGCGGCCGAGCAGUCUUCCUGCGGUCCGAAUCAGUCACACUGCGUUCAGUAGUCCGCCGCGGGUUUGGCUGCUGAAGUUAUGCAGCCCCGUGGGGAGCGGCCUGCUGGCAGGACGCAGAGCCCAGAGCACAGCAGCCCGGGGCCCGGGCCUGAGGCGCCCCCGCCGCCCCAGCCGCCGGCCCCUGAGGCAGAACGAGCUCGGCCCAGGCAGGCCCGGCCUGCAGCCCCCAUGGAAGGUGCGAUGCAGCUCCUGAGCCGAGAGGGUCACAGUGUGGCACACAACUCGAAGCGGCACUACCAUGAUGCUUUUGUGGCUAUGAGCCGCAUGCGGCAGCGUGGCCUCUUGUGUGACAUCGUCCUGCAUGUGGCAGCCAAGGAGAUCCGUGCUCAUAAGGUGGUGUUGGCCUCCUGCAGCCCCUACUUCCACGCUAUGUUCACAAAUGAAAUGAGUGAGAGCCGCCAGACACACGUGACGCUGCAUGACAUUGACCCGCAGGCCUUAGACCAACUGGUGCAGUUUGCAUACACAGCUGAGAUCGUGGUGGGCGAGGGGAAUGUACAGACUCUACUCCCAGCUGCCAGCCUUCUACAGUUGAAUGGUGUUCGAGAUGCCUGCUGCAAGUUCCUCCUGAGCCAGCUUGACCCCUCCAACUGCUUGGGCAUCCGAGGAUUUGCAGACACGCAUUCAUGCAGUGACCUGCUCAAGGCAGCGCACAGGUACGUGCUGCAGCACUUCGUGGAUGUGGCCAAGACUGAGGAGUUCAUGCUGUUGCCACUGAAACAGGUCCUGGAAUUGGUCUCUAGUGAUAGCCUGAACGUGCCCUCAGAGGAAGAUGUCUAUCGUGCAGUCCUGAGCUGGGUCAAACAUGAUGUAGACACUCGGAGGCAGCAUGUACCAAGGCUGAUGAAGUGUGUACGGCUGCCUCUGCUGAGCCGAGACUUCCUAUUGGGCCACGUCGAUGCUGAAAGCCUUGUGAGGCAUCAUCCUGACUGCAAGGAUCUGCUCAUUGAGGCUCUUAAGUUCCACCUGCUGCCUGAGCAGAGGGGUAUUCUGGGUACUAGCCGCACAAGACCCCGUCGCUGUGAGGGUGCUGGUCCUGUGCUCUUUGCCGUUGGUGGUGGGAGCCUGUUUGCCAUCCAUGGAGACUGCGAAGCAUAUGACACUCGAACUGACCGCUGGCACGUGGUGGCCUCCAUGUCCACACGGCGGGCCCGUGUAGGAGUCGCCGCCAUUGGGAACCGACUGUAUGCUGUGGGCGGAUAUGAUGGAACCUCAGACCUGGCGACAGUGGAGUCCUAUGACCCUGUGACAAACACAUGGCAGCCCGAAGUGUCCAUGGGCACAAGGCGAAGCUGCCUGGGUGUAGCUGCCCUGCAUGGGCUUCUGUAUGCAGCCGGCGGCUAUGAUGGGGCUUCCUGCCUCAACAGUGCUGAACGGUAUGACCCACUGACAGGAACAUGGACAUCCAUUGCUGCCAUGAGCACCCGGAGACGAUAUGUGCGUGUGGCCACACUUGAUGGGAACCUGUACGCCGUGGGUGGUUAUGACAGCUCAUCACACCUGGCCACCGUGGAGAAGUACGAGCCCCAGGUGAAUUCAUGGACACCUGUGGCCUCCAUGCUGAGUCGGCGCAGCUCUGCAGGAGUAGCAGUGCUGGAAGGUGCCCUAUAUGUGGCAGGGGGCAACGAUGGCACAAGCUGCCUCAACUCAGUGGAGAGAUACAGCACCAAGGCUGGUGCCUGGGAGAGUGUGGCACCCAUGAAUAUCCGCAGGUGUAUAAGGCCAGGGGUGGGUGGUGAGUGGUUCUGCCACUACGUCUGGUUUACUCCUGGAGCCUUGCUCCAGGAGUGGUAUACACAGCACCUCAGCAGUGCAGCAGGUCCAUGGGUUCCUCCUGGGCACCUGGGGCUCCUUUCAUCGCCCUGUCCCUAUGGUUCCUUCAUUUGCACCCCACUCAUUUGGCUUGUCUCUCGACCUGCCCCUUGGGCUUACUCUUGCCUACCCAACCCCCAGGAGCACACACGACCUGGUGGCCAUGGACGGAUGGCUCUACGCUGUAGGGGGCAAUGAUGGCAGCUCCAGCCUCAACUCCAUAGAGAAGUACAACCCAAGGACCAACAAGUGGGUGGCGGCAUCCUGCAUGUUCACAAGACGCAGCAGUGUGGGUGUGGCAGUGCUAGAGCUGCUCAACUUCCCACCGCCAUCCUC